AUAUUAUGUAAUAUAAAUUGUUGUCCCUUCUAUUAAUAUCAACAAUAGUAUGGUAUACGAAUUAACCUUCGAAACAAAGAUUUUAGAGAGGUUUUUCAAAUGAUUUUAAAGCAUUUCUUGAUUAAAAGUAUAAGCUUUGGGGAUUUCAUAGACCUGAUAUAAUUUCUGGAUGUUAUGGGUAUUAGAUUAAUAGAUGUAUAUAGAGGAGCAGAAACAAGACCAACUUAAAAACCUUCUAAAAUACCUAUAAUAUUUAUACAUGGUAAUAGUGAUGUUGCUGUAGGAGAUGGAAGCUAUGGGAAUUAUAUGACAGGAUUUAGCUCAUAGAUUGAAUAUUUUUUAAAUCAAGGAUAUGAGAAAUAAGAUUUAUAUGCCACAACAUGGGGAGAUGCAGACCCUGCUACAGCAAAUUUGAAUUAUCAUUCUGAGAACUAUCUAAAAUACAACAGGGCAUUUGUUGAAGCUGUUUUAGAAUAUACAUAAUCACCUUACGUCAAUAUUAUUUCACAUUCUAUGGGUGUAACUUUGGCCAGAAAAGUAGUUAAAGGAGGAAUAGGUCAUGAUGAAUUAGGUAGUGGCAGAUAUGAUCUAGGGGAUCCACUAACUUCUAAUAUCAAAGUAUUUGUUGGUUUAGCAGGAGGAAAUCUAGGAUUAAGUUCUUGUUAUACUGCUGGUACAUCUUUACCUAGUUGUGGAUUAACUAAUGGAUUUUAUCCAGGAUAACCACCUUAUAUUGGAAGAUCAACUUUCUUAGAAGAAUUGGAUUCUAAUUCUGCUAAAGAAGCUAAAUAUGUUGUUACUGGAAGAGCUAACUAUGACGAAAUUAUUGGAGGAAACAAUCUUGUUUGGGGCAAAUAUACAACUAGAAUUAAAAAUGAAAAUGAUGAAAUCGUUUUUAAUAGUCCAACUAUAGGUCACUUUGGAUUAAGAGAUGAAGCUGGACCUGAAAUUUAUUCAAUUCUAAAAAAAUAAGGUGCCAUCAAUUAAUGAAAUUAACAAUAUUUUCAUUUAUUA